CGCUCUUCGACUGCCCAUAACAGGUCUACUCCCGUUUCGUCCGUCUCGUCACAUCUAGGAAAGAGUUCUCAAUCAGGACGCAUUCUUCUAAACCCAGUGACGUAUACGUGUUCGCAGCUAGGUUGAAUAGUAGCUUUGGUUUCGUACGACGUAGUUCUGGUGUAAUAUCCGUGACUCGCGCCUCGUAUUCAUAUUUCCGAUCUUACUCUACUCAUUGCUUUGUUUCCUCGUACAACGAGCGAAAUUCUACUUUUCCGGUUCGUCGACAAGUUGAUGCAAUGGGGUUUCUUUAUUAUUUCAUAGACAAAUGUUCCUUACCCCGGAACUUCUGAGACUAUUUCGUGGUUACAAGUAGAUCGACCAACCGGUCCAGACAUCUGAGAGGAUGAGACGCCCACGGCAGAUCUUGUUCCUCACUGGACUCCUCGUUAGUGGUAGUCUCUUAACUUUCCUAUUUUUUCGGACAAAUACUAGUCUUCGUAUUGUUAGCUCUUUAAAUCUAGGGGGUUCAGGAGAGACACAACCUACCCCGAGAUAUAAACCAGCCCCAGCCUACACUCCGCCGCCAAUCAAAGAUCCCUUCCCAGCGCUGGCGACAUCGACACCGCCUCCGAUUCCAUCGUACAAUGUUGCCGAGAAAGAUGGGUGGAAAAAAUAUGGAUUGGAGGUCGCGCCACCCCUAGUCAUUGGGUUUACUCGAUCAUGGCCUAUGCUACUUCAAACAGUAGUCUCGUACAUCACCGCCGGAUGGCCAGCCGAGCAGAUAUAUGUAGUUGAGAACACCGGCAUGCAACAGGCCAAUGCGCGAGGACAGCUUACUUUACAGCAUCCCUGGUACCUGAAUCACACAGCCCUCAAGCGCCUGGGUGUGAACAUCGUCCAAACUCCAGUCCUCUUAAGCUUUGCGCAGCUGCAAAAUUUUUACCUAUCGCUAUCGUAUACGCACAAAUGGCCGUACUACUUCUGGAGCCACAUGGACGUACUCGCCCUCGGCCACGAAAACGGAUUCGAGGGCCUCACGCAGCGCGCCGGGGAGCCAGGGUACAAGAGCCUCUACACCUUAUGUCUUGAAGAGCUUAACCGCACCUUGGUGACGGAUGAAAGAUGGGGACUUCGUUUUUUCGCAUACGAUCACCUUACACUGCAGAACCCGAUGGCUCUUGAAGAUAUCCGUGGUUGGGAUACGUUAAUCCCGUAUUAUAUGACGGAUUGCGAUACUUACACCCGCCUGCAUAUGCGUAAUUGGUCGCAAAACGAAGCUAAUUGCGGCGUUAUAACGGAUACAUCUGUUUCGCUCGAUAAUCUUCUCGCCUUGUACCGAGAUACUAGCGUGACCCCCGAUUUCCUCGACCCGAAUCCCCCGCCACCUCCGCCCCCAUCCGAAUAUGGGAAGAGAAGCAUCGACAAUUCUGCUCGAGCGCCUGAUGAUUCCGUGGAAUACUGGAAGACAUUAUUAGCGGUUGCUGACCGGAUGUUCCAUUAUAAGCACGGCGACCGUGGUCGAAAUACUUGGCAGGCGGGUCAACACGGUGGUCAGGGGGAACCAUUCUACUACGACUCUGCGGGCUUCACGGAAGCACUUGAUGUACUAACGGAAGCAGGAAAGGAAGUAUUUCGUCGCAAGUGGGGACAUGGAAAUUGCGAUCUGAUAGCCGGAGGAGGGUUGAAAUUCGAGGAUCAGUGGCAAGUUUUGAAGGAUUGGGAAUAGCAUGAAGGUGAUACCAUAACUGACUACGUCAAUGUUGAUGAUGAUUUGAAGAGGAUGGGGGCCUCUUUCCCCUUGGGCUACGAUAGGGUAUGGAUAAAUGAUUUCGAAAUUGGUUUAGGUAAAUGGGGCGUUAAUAAGUGUUUGAUGAGAUUAAUAGCAUAGCAUAUGGCAAAUCGGGGCGAGACUACGAAAUUAAAAUAAAAAUUACUGAGAAAU